UGGGACUCAGACAGACCGGCUGUCCCAAGCUGCUCUGAUCCUUCACUCUCCAGCAGAAGGCUGCCUCCUCUUUUACCACUGGCCACCUGCCUCUCCGACAAUUACGCACCAAAACAAUCUCAGGGCGAGCACAAGGAAGGAUACUGACCGGGCUCCUUAGGUUGUGCCACCUUUUUCGGCUUCCAGUACUCUUCCUAUACCCCCCUGUCCUCCCUGUCCUGUCCUGUCCUGUCCUGUGGGAGGACAACAGUCUGCUCACAGGAGCGCACUUGGCGACCCAGGGUUUGUUUUUUCGUUACCAGGAGAGGAGCGCUGCAACGAGCCGAGUCCCAUAGCUGGUAGCCUACAGCUCUCACUGGAGGAGACACUUGCAUGGAUGCACCAUGGCCACACUUGUGUGCAGGGUUCAGUUUUUAGAUGACACCGAUCCGUUCAACAGCACCAAUUUCCCAGAACCGACCAGACCGCCACUGUACACCUUCAGAGAGGAUAUCCCACUCAUCAACCAGUUAGCAGGCAUCCACCGGCUCCUCAAGGCUCCACACAAGCUUGAUGACUGUGCGCUGCAGCUCUCCCACAAUGGCACCUAUCUGGAUCUGGAGUCCUCUCUGGCUGAGCAAAAGGACGAGCUGGAGGGCUUUCAGCAGGAUGACACAGGGUCCAGAGGGAAGAAGCACAGUGUUAUUCUACGGACCCAGCUGACCGUCCGUGUACACGCCUGCAUCGAAAGACUGUAUAACUCCAAUGGACGUGACUUGAGAAGAGCGCUGUUCUCUCUAAAGCAGAUUUUUCAGGAUGACAAAGAUCUGGUCCAUGAGUUUGUGAUGGCUGAAGGUCUGACGUGUCUCAUCAAGGUGGGAGCAGAAGCUGACCAGAACUACCAGAACUACAUAUUAAGAGCUCUGGGGCAGAUCAUGCUGUACGUAGACGGGAUGAACGGCGUCAUUGGGCACGCUGAGACAAUCCAGUGGCUGUACACUCUUGUUGGCUCAAAGUUCCGUCUGGUGGUGAAAACAGCGCUGAAGCUGUUGUUGGUGUUUGUGGAGUACUCCGAGUCCAACGCCCCGCUGCUGAUAGAAGCCAUCACCUCUGUGGACACCAAGAGAGGAUGCAAGCCGUGGUCCAACACUAUGGAGAUCUUGCAUGAGAAGGAUGGAGUGGACACAGAGCUGCUGGUCUACGCCAUGACCCUCAUCAAUAAGACGCUUGCAGCGCUGCCUGAUCAGGACACAUUUUACGAUAUGUUGGAUGGUCUGGAGGAACAGGGCAUGGAGACCGUGUCCCAAAGACAUCUGGGGCGGAGAGGCACUGAUCUGGACCUGGUUGAGCAGCUCAACAUCUAUGAGAUGUCCCUACGGCAUGAAGAUGGUGAUGAUGACAGCCAGCCUCCGCCGGCGGGACGCCGGGACCGCCGACGAGUCAGCCUUGGGGGCGGGGACAAAAAGCAUGGACUGGAGAGAAGGCGCAGCCGCAGGGCCUCUCUCGGGCGAUCGGGUCACGCCUCGCCCUGCAGCCCUGCGUCCCCACAGAGGGCAGGCUUCCAGCCCUUCAAUGGACAGAGAGCUGAGGAAAUGAGCGAACGAGAGGAGGAAUGUGAGGAUGGGAUAGAGGAGGAGGAGUGGGAGGAGGAGGAGGAGGAGGAGGAGGAGGAGGAGGAAGAGACUCCAGUGACUGAGUCUGAUUCGGAUGAGCAGGAGGGGGCUGAUAUGUCUAAACUAACCACCCUCAGCCCGACCCGACUUCUUGCAUCCAUAGUUCACCGAACAACCGUCCAGUCCAUCACCAUCACUUCCAGAAGGGGGACCGUAAACGAAGACGAGCAGAGGAAUCGGACCGAACCACCUCCAGCACCCGCCCCCCUCACCCCGCCCUCUAUUCCCACCGUCUCUCCUCCCGUCUCCUCCCCUCUCAACCCCCCAGCACAACCCAAAUCCCUUCUGGCUGCCCUGCUGGCCAGGAAGAGGCCCGUCGUCACUGUCCCGGCUAGCACGGAGGUCAGCCCGCCGUCGCGCGGCAGCUCACAGCCCUCCCCCGAACGCCUGCUUUACAUGCCCCACUCACCCUUCCACCUCUUCUCCUACGACCUCGACGAGGAGCCGUCACCCCCGGCUCCGCCCAAACCCAGCGAGGAGUCACCGACGUCUCCCAGGAAUGGAGGUCUCAUGUCCUACUCCUGUCACAGCACCCCAAGUACGCCCACCAGCUCCAGGCCUGCUUUGGGAGGUCUUCUGUCCUCUUCUUACCGACAACAUCAGGAAUCUCUGGCGGCCGAGCGAGAGCGCCGCCGUGUGGACAGAGAGGAGAGACUGGGGAGGAUAGAGAGAGAGGAGAGGAACAAGCACAGCCGCGACUAUGUGGAUAAAAUGGAAGAGGCCAGGCAUGCGCGGGAGGAGAGGUACAAGAACGUGGAGCGUCUGGCGGCGGAGGAGUUCGAGAGGGAUCACGUCCGGGUGUCGAGGACUCGCCCUGACCUCAACUUGACCUUUGAACCCGCGGAGGCCUGGCCCUCGUCAUCACGCAGCAGCACCCCAUCCUCCUUCGCCUCCCAGGAGGACGCAGAGGCUGACCUCGAAGCCGGGACCCCCGCCACCCCCUACACCCCCUCUGAGACCGGAGAGGCUGAUGACUCCAGUGCCAGUGUAGAAACAGAGGAAAAAGAGGCCACUGCUGAAGAGGAGGAAGAGCAGAAAGAGGAGGAAGUACAGGAGGAAGUACAGGAGGAAGUACAGGAGGAAGCAGCGGCAGCAGAAAAAGAGGAGGAAGAGUGUGAGCAGGAGGUGGAAGAGUGUGAGCAGGAACCGGAGAAGGAGAAGGAGAAGGAGAAAGAGGAGCCAGAGGCGGAGGAAGAGGAGGACAGCGGCAUCCUAAGCGACAAAGAACGACAGAAUGAGGAAGUGAAUGAGAAGGACAACUGCUCGGCCUCCAGCAUCUCCUCCGCCAGCAGCACUCUGGAGAGAGAGGAGAGGGGGAGCAGUGAGAAUGGCUUUAAGGAGCCAGAGGUGAACGAGCAGUGCAGCAAACUCCUCAACAGCAAGCUCUUCAUGCUGGACAUGCUGUACUCCCAGAGCAAGAAGCCCAGUGAUGAGGAGGAGGAGGAGGAGGAGGAAGAGGAUGUGGAGAAGGAGAAAGAGAAAGAGGGGGAGGACAAAGAAACUCAGGAGGAUGCUGACGUGCAACAGGGCGAUGACCAGGAGAGCGACCAAAAGGCUGACAAAUCAGAGCAGCACGGGACCAUCCGACCGUUAGCCGAGCGGUUUGGAGACUUGUUCAAGGACCUCGGUUCGACCUCCAAUCACCUGGAUGUCCCAGCCAGCGAGCCCCCUCCUCCUCCUCCUCCUCCCCCACCGCCCAAAAAGGAAUCGGACACGAUCUGGGACCAGCUCCUGGCCAGCCCUCGAGAGCUGCGCAUCGGGGACAUCAACUUCACCGACCUGACCGAGGAAGAUGACAAAAACAUUCUGGAUGCUGUUUUGAUGGGAGGAUGCAGUGACCUCCCGCCGCCGCCGCCUCCUCCACCUUGCAUCCUCCGCUUCCCUCCGCCCCCACCCAUGCUAGGCAGCUGCCCCCCACCCCCUCCCUUGAUUGGGCUUAUGAGACCUCCUCAACCACCUUGCUUUAAUGCCCCAAUUCCAGUGCCUCCUCCUCCGGAGCCACCUCUCUUCAACAAGAAGAAGAAGACAAUCAGGCUUUUCUGGAGCGAGGUGCGUCCGACAGACUCUCAGUACAGGGACUACAAGCGGAGUGAAGACUCGUUCUGGACCAAACUGGAACCAGUGAAAAUGGACACAGCCAAACUGGAACACCUGUUUGAGUCGAAAUCAAAGGAAAUACCAGUUACAAAGAAAACAGCAGCAGACGGCAAGCGUCAGGAAAUCAUUGUUUUGGAUUCCAAGAGGAGUAACGCCAUCAACAUCGGUCUGACGGUGCUGCCUCCUCCUCGCACUAUCAAGACGGCCAUCCUUAACUUUGACGAGUACGCGCUCAACAAGGAGGGCAUAGAGAAAAUCCUGACGAUGAUCCCCACAGAGGAGGAGAAGCAGAAGAUCCAGGAGGCCCAGCUGGCCAAUCCUGAUGUCCCGUUGGGCUCAGCAGAGCAGUUCCUCCUGACUCUGUCCUCCAUCAGCGAGCUUUCAGCCAGACUCCAGCUAUGGGCCUUCAAGAUGGACUACGAGGCAACCCAGAAGGAAGUUGCAGAGCCGCUGCAGGAUCUGAAGGAGGGUAUGGAACAGCUGGAGAAGAACAAAACUCUCCGCUACAUCCUUUCCACACUGCUCGCUAUGGGAAACUUCCUCAACGGUACCAAUGCUAAAGGCUUUGAGUUGACGUAUUUGGAGAAGGUUCCAGAGGUGAAGGACACGGUUCACAAGCAGUCUCUGCUGCAUCACGCCUGCUCUGUGGUGGUGGAGAACUUCCCUCAGAGCACCGACCUCUACUCGGAGAUCGGAGCCAUCACACGAUCUGCAAAAGUGGAUUUCAACCAGCUGCAGGAGAACCUGUGUCAGAUGGAGCGGCGCUGCAAAGCCUCAUGGGACCACCUGAAGGUGAUCGCCAAGCACGAGAUGAAGCCGCAGCUGAAGCAGAAGAUGUCUGACUUCCUCAAAGACUGCGCUGAGAGGAUUAUCAUCCUCAAGAUUGUUCACCGCAGGAUCAUCAACAGGUUCCAUUCGUUCCUGUUGUUCCUCGGCCAUCCAGCCUACAGUGUGAGAGAGGUCAGCGUCCACAGGUUCAGUAAAAUCCUCAGCGAAUUUGCGCUGGAGUACCGAACCACCCGAGACCGCGUGCUGCAGCAGAAACAGAAGCGAGCCGACCACCGCGAACGCAACAAGACCCGAGGAAAGAUGAUCAUGGAUGUCAACGCUCCUUCUGAUGAUGAAGAGGAGAGUGAGGGUGGUCCGUAUGGCUCCAGCAGCAGCAACAGCGCCCCCAUUGGCGGACAGGAGGGCGAGGAUCCUCAGGGUCUGGACCACACCGAGGACGCUGCAGAGCACGAGCAUAUGAAAGCCGUGCUGAGAACCAGCCUCAGUGGCGGCGACAGGGAGGCCAGCGGAGUGCCAGGGGUUCGGUUAAGGACAAGAUCCCGGCCUGGAAGGGGAGGUCGCACUAUGCCGGCAUGGACCCCCUCCGUGGAGGACACUCAGAUCUGUGGAGACGACGCUGCAGACGAGAUCAUGGAGCGUAUAGUGAGGUCGGCCACUCAGGGUCCAGGAACCAGAUCGCAGCCCAGAGAGAGGAGGAGGUCUAGGGCCAACCGCAAGUCAUUGAGGCGGACUCUGAAGAGCGGUCUAACCCCAGAGGAAGCUCUCGCUUUAGGACUCACCGAUUCUCCGGAUACAUAAAUGUGAUCGUCCAACCUCCCGCCUGUCGUCAUCGCCGUGGAAACACAGCUACAAUCUUCGAAACGACAUCUCUGUCAGCUGUCUGCCUUCGCCACACUUUAGAGUUUUAAGUUAUAUUUCACCAGUCACAAACCCCUUUAGGUUUUUGCCAGCUGCUAAUUUUGCCUGAUGUGUCUGAGUGAUGAAGCUGCAGCCAUGAUAGUGUUUUUUUUUAAUGCAACACAAAGAAGUGGAAGUGAAGAAAGAGAACUGAAGCAUUCAACUUGGCAAGGAAAAUUUUAAUUGAGUGACGCUGCCUCUACACUGAAUGGAUAAUUUUUUUAUCUAAACAUGUAUUUGAAACGUUGCAUUAGUCCAAAAGGAUAACUCUUGCUUGUGAGUUUCUGUAGGUGUGGCUUCACCAUUUUCUCAUUUAUUUAAGCUGUGAAUUUCGGUUGUAAAGAGGAAGUUUGAUUUGUUCCCAAGAGAUCACAACAAACAAAGAGGCUCACUAAGAAUUAUCCUUUGUGAAAAGGCAAAUGUUUGCUUCUGCAGCUGCACGUAUUGACAAGUGACGAGUGUAGUUGUGUUUAGUAGGAACGUGAAAGGUUUUCAAUCUGAUGUGCCUUUCAUUUAAAAGGGAUGAUACUGUACCUUUUCGCCAUCUUUGUUUCAGUCACCUCCUACUUCUCAGAUAACUCACAAAUGUCACAUUCACAGGUGUAGUUAUAUCAAUUUAUGAUUACAAUUAACUUUUUUUUAUUUUGGCAAAAAAUAUUUAUUUUCAAAGCUCGGACAUCUUGCACCUUACUCAACAUGAAUAGUUUCUAAUGCUGACAUGAGCGACUGAUUCAGAACGCAGACAAAAGGAAGUAUUUAUCUCAGAGGAACUGUUUGUAAAGUGUAAAAAGACAAAAAGAUAAUGACAUUUUUUUUAAAAUUUUAAUAAUCUAUUUUGAAGGACAUGCGGAGAAUUCUGCAUAACAUGUGUAAAUGCCCUCGUCAGCUGCCAGGUACUAAGUACUGUAGUACUACAGUGUGCAUGUUUAGUGCGGUUCAUGUGAUGUAUUAUUUUUGUAAUUUCUGUAGAAACUUGUAUUAUAGUCUGAGGAGAGAAAGGGUAAAAAGAGGCUAUUCUGUGAAUUGUAAUAAAUGAAAGAUGUGGUCGUAGCUGAAAUAUGUGUUGUCGGAGUAUCGCUCCGUGCUGAGAGAGGGGAGCAGUGUUUGGGCAUUUACUUUGAACUCUGUGGUCACUUUGUAUGAACUUGAAAAGUUUGGAGUCUCAGCUGAACCAUCUGCUCCUCUCGCAGUACAACGAAAACAGGGAAAUAUCGCUGCAUAAAUAAAACCAUACACGUUCACUUGAAAUGCUGUGUAUACACACUCUGCAAUAAAAAACAAAAAACAUUGAGUGAAAAAAAA